AUGGGACCCACGCCGCCGCAGCCGCCGCCGCCGCACACGGAGGAUACUAGGGUUACGCAGCUCCCGCUCCCCGGCGGCGCCGAGGAGUACGUGCGCGACUCCAUCCACGCCUCCCUGGGUCUCCCCGUCUCCGAUCGCUCCCUCCGCCUCAAGCUCCUCGCCUCCGAGGACCAGCGCCACCGCCUCCAGGACCACGUCUUCUCGCUCGAGGAGGACCUCCGCGCAGCCCAGCGCCGCAUCGACGUCCUCAAGGCCGAGGCCGCCAUGAACGCCACCGGCCUCCGCCGCUGCGUCGAGGAAAAGGAGGCCAUGGCCGCCGCGUACGCCGACCUCUCCGACAAGAGCAGCAAGGAGUGCCGGCUCUACGAGCGGGACCUCGAGCGCGCCAUGGAGUCCUGCGACGACCUCGCCAGGGAGAACGACGACCUCCGCGCACGCCUAAACCAGAACGCAGAUUUGGCAGCAUUGAUGGCUCAAGUGCAAGAACUACAGAAGGAAAAGGAGAUUCUGAAGAUGAAUCUUGAUACAGCGGAGGCGGAGGUUGUCACGCUAAGUGAGGACAACAGGGCUCUUGAUGAAGAGAUCAAAAGGCUGCUGGGUUUGCUGGAGAAGGAGCGACAACGCCGGUCCGAAAGAAAGAAAUCUGCCAGUACAUCCACCAAGAACAAGCGCAAGUCGUCUAGCUUGAGGGCUGGCAGCCCCGCUGGCCGAGCUCUUGAUUUUGGCUGUGCAGAUUCUUCAAGGCAUCCACUGUCCCCAUUGCCCCACAACUCCCCAGACUACAGGGCGCACAAGAAGUGA